AUGCGUCGCGCAAUUUUCGUCCUCCCUCUACUCUUUCUGGCCAAUCCAGUAUCGGCGGUGACCUGGUAUUUCCUCCGUUACUACCCCGCUUCAGGUCAGAAGUUCACCUCUCUCUCGGGCGAGAUGGUGAUCCCGUCACUACCGCGCGCCGGCGUUUACUACCUCUGGCCAGGCUUGCAACCGACCGAUAACAGCGGCGUAUACCAAAACGUACUCGACGGCCGCAGCGGAACAUGGUGGCUCGGCUCCGGGUGGUGCUGCUCCAACCCGAGUCUCCCUUGGGGCGGAGGCUUCAACACGUACGGCGGGGAGACGAUUUCGUUCCAAAACACCCUGAAAUCGGACAAUUCGGCGUGGACCAGCACUGUGACGAGGCAAACUGGUGGUCAGGUUGUUACCAAUGACUUCGCUUUGGCCGAUAAAUCUUUCAAUCAAGUGCUCUUUGCCAUUGAAUUGUACGACGUCUCAUGGGACUUUGGUCCACUAGCAUUCGACAACGUUACCUCCACAGGCAGUUCAGACUCAAGUUGGUGCACCAGCUUGCCGCAGAAUUACAACUCCGCGACCAACUAUACCAUCACCGGCACGAGUGCAAGCGUGAGCGGCGACACAGUCACUUGCAGUAUUCAGUCAGUUGUGCUCAAUGCACCGGCGUGA